AGAAAAAAAAAACGCAUUCCACUUCCACACAAGCGGCUGCGGGGCGGGGAGGUGGAGGAGUAGGCACCGCCACCCUCCGUGACUGGAGGGGACCCGGCGGGGAGCAGGCGGCAGCGGAGGGUCUCGAGGUCCGGAGGCGGGGAGCUAGAGCUACGGUGCUAAAAGAGGAGCGGCGGGCUCGCGCUGUUCUGUCCCCCGAUGGCGGCCAGCGGCGAGAGCGGCGGGGAUCCGGCGGCGGCACGCCGCCGGUGGGAUCUCACCAAUAAGGGGCCCGACAGCACUCCAAUUGUGAAGGAGACUCUGGAAAUUUCUACAGACGAAGAAUCAGAUGGUGUUGUUAUAUGCCAUCCAAAUGGUAACAGCAAUACUGAUGGAUGUGAUGAAGCCACUAGUGGCAACCACGAUGAUGAUAGCUCGGAAGGCCAAGUAAUUAGUUCUGUUAAGGACCCGGACGUGGAAGGUGACACACAGGAAGACAAGUGUGUAAAUCAAGAUUCACUGAAGUUGAUUGAUCAAGAGAAGUCUGCUCCCCCCAAGUCCCCGGCGAAGUCUGCAAGUUCUGGAUCGGAAAGGCCUAAACGUGUUGUUCCCCAACCAUUCUCCCUUUCUUCUCAAAGAAGGUCUUCUGGAGGAAAUGGUGUUGUGGCCAGUCCACCCAUCAAUAAGGAAAAAUCCGGUGAUAAAAAUAGCAUCUCUCCCGCAAGCAUGACAAAGAAGAGUACGCCAAUGGCACCUAGGAAGACUUUGCAGCCUGAGCAGACAUUUCACCCUCAGGAAGAAGACUCAUGUUCUGUGACUUCCUCAACUACAACGUCAACAAGAGCUGGUAGAACUAAGACAACUGUCCCGGUUGCCCCUUCAUUUGUGUGUGCUAACCGAGCUGACAAGAGGAAGGAGUUCUACACAAAACUAGAAGAGAAACACAAGGCUUUGGAAGCAGAGAAGGAUGAGGCUGAGGCCAGGAAAAAGGAAGAGCAAGAAACUGCUUUAAAGCAACUAAGGAAGUCAUUGGUCAUUCGAGCAAAACCCAUGCCAAGCUUCUAUCAAGAAGGCCCCCCACCAAAGGCUGAACUUAAGAAGGUGCCUCCUACUCGUGCCAAAUCGCCAAAGUUUACAAGUUCAAGGAGAAAGAGUUGCAGUGAUACAGCACAGACAUCAGAGGGGAAAAACACUAGUGCAUCAUCUGCGCGGUCACAUCGUCACAGUAUCGGAAGUUCUAAAGAUGCUAAUAGAGUACAAUGCUCACCGAAGAAUGGUGUGGCAACUAAAACCAGAGCUGUCAAACCUGAGCUGCAGGCCCUUUGAAGAACAUGGAGCAGCCAAGCGCUGUGAUUGUCUCUGUAGAAACCUAAUUACCUAACUCUUAGCCAUUUCCAUUUUCCAUGACAUUUUGCUCUUAUUUUACACCCGAAAUCCCCACCAAAAGAAGGCCGUAUGGCCAAGUGCAUGCGCUGCUGGACCUUAUCCAUUCUCUUUUAUUCGCCUUGUACUGUGAGUACUCUGUUGCUGGGACUAUAUGAUGUUCCAUGUUGUAAAUUACUCGAGGGUCUUUGUAAGGAGUCUCACUCGAUAUCUUGGCCCUUUGAAGCCCUUGAA